AUAACACUUGCCUGCCUGCUGUCCUGACGCUAAGCUGAAGAAAACUUCACGGUUGCAGUUGACUGUUGCUGAGAUACUGCCUUCGUGGACUUCUUCUGGACUGGACUGCACCUGGAGGACAUCGGCCUGGAGACCUCUGAGCGUGGAGGAUCAACUUUGCUGCUGGACAUACGGAGAGGAGGACUGCAUUGUGGAGGAGAGGAGGACCAGCUGCACGACUGCCUGAACUUCGCUAGACUGCAGGACUGAGUUCAUCACCAAGGCUCCAACAUUUGGCUUGUUGGGAAAUCAGUAUGAAGAAGCUGCUUCAGAAGUUGUUGGCUUUCCUUUUCAUUGGCAGUUUGCUUGGGAUUUUUCUGCUGCAGAAGUUCCGUCCCUGGCAACCCGAAAAGAAGGAUCCUGAAAAAGAAUGGCUUAAAAGACAAAAUGAUCGUAAAGACCAAUUGUAUGUCAUCUGCCAGAAUGAAAAUCUGUCAAGUUCAGAAUGGAAACUGAAGGAUAGGGUUGCCCGACAGCUCUUUGUGGUUCAGAGGCUUAGGCUGAUCUACUGUGAGGUACCCAAAGUUGGCUGCUCCAACUGGAAGAGAAUCCUUCUACUCCUCACUCUCAACCUUGACAGAGACCCCUCUGAAAUAGACCAGAAUGAAAUCCAUAGAACAGGAUUUCUGAAGAGGUUGAGUUCUUACCCUUCUGAACAGCAAAUGGAACUUCUGGACAACUACACUAAGGUGAUGUUCACCAGGCAUCCUCUAGAAAGGCUGGUGUCUGCAUACAGGGACAAGCUCCUCCAUAAUGAGCCUUACUAUGGCAUCAUACUAACAAAUGAGAUCAAGGCCUUGUUAAGGAAGAACAUAAAUUCCACAAAGGAAGUAACUUUCCAGGAGUUUGUGCAGUAUGUUGUGACAAGGAAACCCAAGGAUUUGGACAUACACUGGAAGCCAAUGUUUGCACUCUGUGAUCCCUGCAACAUUCAUUAUGACAUUCUGGGGAAGUAUGAGACGCUGGCACAAGAUGCCAAACAAGUUCUCAAGAGAAUUGGUGCUCCAGAAAGCCUCCACUACCCAAAUACCAAGAUGUAUAGUUCAGAGAAACGGACUAAUAAGAAUAUCACCUGGGAGUACUUAAGGGAACUCAGCUGGAAUCACAUAGGGAAACUCAAGGAGAUUUACCGGAUGGAUUUCUCUUUGUUUAACUAUUCUUUCAAUUUCAGAAAUGAAACUUUGCCCCUAAGGUUCAAUCAUACUAAAUAAACAAAAUUUAUUUUAUACGA